UCACCAGAGAAUACAGAGGGCAAAGAUGGAUCCAAAGUCACUAAACAGGAGCCCACAAGGCGAUCUGCCCGAUUGUCAGCAAAACCUGCUCCACCCAAACCUGAGCCAAAACCAAGGAAAACAUCUGCUAAGAAAGAAGCUGGAGCAAAGAUUAACAGAGGCGCUAAAGGGAAGAAGGAGGAAAAGCAAGAAGCUGGAAAGGAAGGUACUGCACCAUCUGAAAAUGGUGAAACUAAAGCUGAAGAGAUCCACAUCUCUCGCUCAACUGUUAAUGUCUCAACCUCCAGAAGUACCCCACCCAGCACAUUGUCAGUAAAGGGGCAGAUUGAAACAGCUCAGAAAACUGAAUCUGUAGCUAACGAGGGAAAAUGAAUGGUCAUGGAAAAUUGGGGUUGAUUUUUGUGUACCUCUUCAGACAACUUUUAAAAGCUAUUUUUACCGAGUAUUUUGUAAAUGCUAAUUUUUUUAGGACUCUACUAGUUGUCAUACAAAAAUAUAUAAGGGUGGACAUUUUACCCUCUGAUAGUCAUGCUUUUUGGAAAUUUCCAUCAUUCUCAAGUAAAAUAAAUAUCAAUUUAAUAUUGGAAGCUGUGUGUAAAAUUGAUUUAGCAUUCCAUGCACUUGCUUUAAAGUUUUAGUCCCGUGCAUACUGUGGUGUUUUUACUGUGCAUAUUUGAAUUUUUCAUGCAGUUUUUCUAGAGCAAUAAUCAGUGGUGCUUUUGUACCUAGGUUUUAUGUGAUUUUAAUGAAACAUGGAUAGUUGUGGCCACCUGCUGACUACUUGUGGUUUAAAAUAAAAGGUUUUUUUUGUCUGCAAA